CCAGGCUCCAGCUGGCUGGUAUUGUCUGGCAGGCCGCUGGGCCAUCACUACUGUGCCUGACUCCAGGCCUAGGCCGAAAACGGGUACUGCUCGCCGCUAGCUAGAAACCAAUGCAAAUGGGCUGGAUGCCACGCAUCAGUAGUCCUGCCUGUUGCCUAAGCUCGUGACGGGGCGCGCGUCUCUCUCUAUCAUCGUGCUAUACUCUCCUUCUGAGACCAACACUACAUCUUCUCUUCUUCUUGACAACAACAUCUUCCACCAAGAAAUCGUGCUGUUUCAGCUGUUCUUCUAUCGCGUCGCUCUUUAGGUUGAGGCAUCAGCAUGCAUCUGCAACUGCUUUCCCUCAGCGCGCUAGCGACACUGGUGUCAUUCGCAAAUGCCCGCGAUACCAUUUGUCCAUGCGGCUACUUGGAUCCCGUCACGGGCCAUCUCUGGACAGAUACAACAAUCAUCUACUUCAACGAAACCACAGCCGAAGCUUUCGAAAGCAACAACGACUGGGUGUCGCUCGACUUUGAAAACAAGUAUGAGCAAGGCUUUGAUGUCGUCUACAAGCAAGGCGCAGACCCAGUCAAUGUCGGCUACAACGGCACAGGUGAAGCGCUGGCGCUCCGGGUCGAAGCACCAGGACGUCGGCGUGUUGUCGCUGGUGGUGGUAUUCGUACCGCACGACAAGAUAUUCAGUUUGGUUCUUUCCGUUCUUACUUGCAGCCUGCUGGCAUGCACGGUCAAGGCGGUGCUGCUCUCUCCAUGUUUUACCGCUACAACGAAUCGCACACGCUCGAGGUUGACUUGCUCACUGGCGACCCAACCGGUCUUGCUCAGUCGCAGUACCGCAUUUCUGCACCUCAGCAGUACCUGACGCCCUCCGUCUACAACUUUACCGAGAUCAGCACGGAAACACCCGAUCAGCUCUAUGAGAUGAAUGAAUGGCGUAUCGACUGGGUCAAGAAUUACGCAAAGUUCAGCAACAACGUCAAUGCCUCAGCACAGCACAAUGUCACCUUUACGGAUCGAUUCCUGCCCGGUCCAAGUGUUCCUGGCGCCGUCUACUUCAAGCACUGGUCCAACGGAGCACCUUCGUACAUGCGUGGUCCCCCAACAAGCGUGACGUAUGGUUUCGUUGGCUACAUCCGUCUCUUUUACAACUCCACCAUCAGUUCUGGUGACGAUGUGUUUGGCGCUCAGUGCCGGAUUUUGGGUUUGCCAACUUGCUCUACCAACGACGACACCCUGCGAACUUCAUCCGAAUUCGAUCCUUCCUCCACUCUGAGAUGGGUUAACAUUGAGCCAAAGUACCGCGCACCUCGAUGGGCCGUGUAUGGUGGCUGGUCGACUUUCACUCUGUUCGUGCUGCUCCUCAUCCAUGCUCUGGUGCGUCGUUCCGUCAAGUACUAUUCGGUGCCAAAGGAAGAUCGACCCAUCAUCCCACCAGCAUACGCCUACAAGAUGGAUCGCUUCGAGCUUCACGGUGAAUUGACACACUCCAUGAAGAGCGAGAAGAAAAAGCAAGACAAAGCCGAUAAGAAGGCCCUCAAGCGUGGUGAAACACCCAUCAUUCGUUCUCGCGAGAUUGACCCAGAGACGGCAAGUUUGAAUACGCAAGAGGAUAUUGAGCGACCUGAUUCUCGAGCAAACUCUAUUCGUGGAUUCAAAUCACUUGCUUCCAACAAAAACGCCAAAGCCAUUGCUGCAGCGAUGCCCAAGAUGUAUUACAACCGUCCAGGCGGCGAAGGCUCAUCUCGCGCUCGGUCUAGACUGGCUCAGACGGAUGCUGAUGAUGAUGACGAAGAGCACGAAGAAGACUAUGAAGACUACGAAGGCAACUCUGAUGCUGAAGAGGAGGAGGAAGGCGAAGAAUACGGCUCACUCAACCAGCGCGACUCAGUUGAGGUCAAUCGUCGUGAAGAAGUGGCCUUCAAGCAGCCCGUCAUGGACCGCAAAAAGUCCAUGGCUGCUGCUGCCUUUGCUGCUCCUUCUCGUUGGUGGCAACGCAUCUUCUCGAAGAAGCCAGCUGUUCCUAUGGGCGAAUCCAAAGAACAACCCAUCAUGCGCGUCAGCUCUCGUUUCGACUACCUUGAUGGUCUGCGUGGUCUGUGUUGUUUGCUGGUGUCGCUCGUGCACUACUGUCUCACCUUUUACCACGGCAUCAUCUCAACAGACUAUUCCCCAACCGGUGACCACUACUCUUGGCUUCCUUACCUGCGAUACACCAUCACGCCACUAUUCUUCAACGCCAACUUUGGUAUCGGUGUCUUCUUUGUUCUGUCAUCUAGGCUCAUUGGUGUGCGGUACUUCAAGACCGGUUCUUUCUCCGACUUGGCAGGUUCUACUUUCCGCCGUAUUCCCCGUCUCGGUUUCCCUGUCCUCUGCGCUGUUGUGCUCGAGUACUUUUUGCUCGGCGUUGGUGCUACACACUGGCUACAGUACCUGGCUUCCGUCACAUGGUCUACAUGGGCAUACGCUGUGCAAUUCAAGAAUGUUGGCUGGUUCAUCAAUGAGACCAUUGCACUGUUCUACAUUUCGCCACCAGAGUUGCCGAAAAUCAUCUACAACUACUGCACCGGUGUGCUCUGGACCAUUCCUGUUCAGGUCCAAGGUUCUUGGCUCAUCUUCCUUGGCGUCAUUGUUAUUCGCGAGAUUCGUACGCCUUGGAAGCGAUUUGGUUACUACUUUGUUUGUAUGCUGCUUUCGUGGUACGCGCUCAACUGGGGAGCCUACUUCUGGCUUGGUCUGGCCAUUUCCGAUUUGGAUACCAACUACAAGUACCGACAGUGGUUUGCUAGGCCUGCUCGCUCGUACCUGGCCAUCACUGUGCUUCUUGGCAUCUUUGUUUUGUUCAUGUCGACGCAGUACAUCAUGCAAGUCUCAUACUUCAACUUGCCAACCUUUGAGCACGCCAUUCACCCAGACGUCUUGACAGGAUUGCCAAUUGGCCAGACAGAGCGUUACGGCUUCCCAGAAUUCCAAUAUCCACAAGUCCACUCCCUCUUUGCCGCAACGGCUCUUCUUCUUCUCUGCGAUCUGUCCAGCUGGUUCCAGGCAGUAUUGCGUCUCAAGUUCUUGCGUGUCCUUGGCUUCUACUCUUACUCCAUUUACCUCCUUCACGGUGUGGUCUUCUGGUCGUAUGGUGCUUGGAUGACGGUGCUCUUGUCAGGACAUGGAUUGCCAUACUGGGCGAACCAGCUCAUUACCUUCACAACAAGUUACGUGGUCCUCGCACUGGCUGUGGCGGCAUGGACACCCUUUGCAGAUGUCUUUGCCAUGUACCUCGGUACUGCACUGUGGCGAUGGGCUCAAGGACGGGCGCACUACGCUACCAUUGGGUAGACCUUUUAGUAUUAUCCGUUAGAAUUCACCAAUUUCUGUACAUUCUCAAGCAUUAUCAGACUUUCUCGCUGUGAUGGCUUGGGUAUCUCGAAAUGAAUGCUAGCGCUACGCAAGAGAGAG